AUGGAUCCCGAAUUCGGCUCAACACUCAAACAUGCACCAACUAAAGAUAAGGACGCAUACGACUUGGCUGAUAUGGGACAUUCCCAGGCCAUGAGCCGCAAGUUCGACACUUGGAGCAUGCUUUCGCUUGCCUUCGUGGUUUUGGGAACAUGGUCGGUAUUCGCGCAAAGUUUGGCAAGCGGCCUGAUGAACGGCGGCCCUAUCGCGAUCCUUUGGGGGUUGUGCCUAGUUGCUGCUUGCAACAUCUGCAUAGGCCUUUCCCUUGGAGAGCUCUGCAGCAGUAUGCCGACAGCUCUAGGCCAGGCUUACUGGGUCUCACAACUUUGGCCCACCGCUGCUGGACGCUUUUUCUCCUACCUCUGCGCAUGGAUCAACACCUUUGGCUGGUGGACGCUAUCGGCAUCCACGAUCGCGUUCAUGACUGAGUUCAUCUUGGGAAUGAACCUGCUCUUCGACCCGAGUUGGCCCCCGGCGUCGAAAGGCUGGGUGCAAUUCUUAGUAUACCUAAGCAUAACAGCUCUGCUUACAGCAUUGAAUGUCGUGGCCAGCCGCAAAGACAAGGUUCUGCCCAUGUUCAACAAUUUCAUCGGUAUCACGUUCGUCGCCUUGUUCUUCAUCUUUGGGUUGGCCCUUCUCAUCUCCGUUGGCGUAAGAAACGGCCUCGAGUUCCAGUCAACAUCCUUCGUCUUCGGGGCAUGGAUCAACCAGACUGGUUGGACGGAUGGCAUCACCUGGUUCAUGGGGCUUGUUCAGGCAGCUUACGGCCUGACUGCCUUCGAUGCGGCAAUUCACCUUGUCGAAGAGAUUCCGGCUCCAAGGAAGAAUGUCCCAAAGGUCAUUUGGCUUUCAAUUCUUUGCGGUGCGGCUACGGGAUUUAUCUUCAUGAUGAUCUGUCUUUUCUGUAUUCAAGACCUGGACCAGAUACUUGACCCGUCUACCGGCCUUCCGUUCAUGGAUCUCGUCAAGAGCACUGUUGGUCUCGAGGGGUCGGCAGUUCUUCUCGCCCUCUUCAUCGUCAACGGUCUCGGCCAAGGAGUGACGGUCGUCACCACAGCGUCACGACUAACAUGGGGUUUCGCUCGCGACGGUGGUUUGCCGUUCGGUGUUUACUUCGCCCAUGUUGACGAAUACUGGAAAGCUCCCGUCCGGGCUCUGUGGAUGCAGGGUGCGGUUAUCGGCUUGGUCGGCGUCCUGUACACCUUUUCCAACACCGUUCUAGAGGCCAUUGUUGGCUCUCUUACGCCAUGCCUAUCUUGA